GCUGCUCCGCAGUGCUGCCGGGGAGCCGCGCUGCGCCGAGCCGAGCCGGGACGGGUCAGGUCCCCCCGGCGAUGACCGACGCGGUGGUGGGAGGCAGCGCUGAUCGCUGGAUGUGCCCCGGCGACAGGACCAUGUCCCUCAGAGCCAGCAGCGAGAAGGAGCAGCUCCCCGCAGGAUGGGCAGCGCGGGGCGGGCAGCCCGAGCGGCAGCGCAAGGGCGAGGAGCUGACGGAUGAGGAGAAGGAGAUCAUCAACCGCGUCAUCGCCCGUGCCGAGAAGAUGGAGGAGAUGGAGCAGGAGCGCAUUGGGCGUCUGAUGACCCGGCUGGAGGACAUGCGCCGCAGCGUGCUGGGGGAUGGCGUGAACCGCUGCAUCCUCUGCGGGGAGCAGCUGGGGCCACGUGGCUCUGCCUGCGUCGUCUGCGAGGACUGCAAGAAGAACGUCUGCACCAAGUGUGGCGUUGAGACAACCAACAGCCGUCCCCACCCCAUCUGGCUGUGCAAGAUCUGCAGUGAGCAGCGGGAGGUGUGGAAGCGCUCUGGCGCUUGGUUUUUCAAGGGUUUGCCCAAGCAGAUGCUGCCCCAGCCGAUGCCUGUCAGCAAGAGCAAGGUGCCCCCGGCCCCUAGUGAGCCCAGCCCAGCUGAGCCGCCCGCCCCAGACCCGAAGCUGCCAUCCCGCACACCUGGCCGGGGCCAGGCAGAUGAACAGGACCACUGCGGCAGUGAGGGGACGGUGGCCACCCGUGUCCGCAAGCCAGCUGAGGGCAGGACGGGGCCAUGCGGCAGCGAGGACACUGAGAGCCGCGACCCCACCGCUGAGAGUGGGGUCAGCAGGAGCCCUGGCGUGAAGCGAGCCAACUCCAUGCAAACCAACUCCACACCACCCCCGCGGCCACCUGCUGCCACUGCCGGGCCAGCAGCACCUGCAGCAGCAAGACCAGGUCCCGGGGCAGCCGGCCGGAUGCUGGAAACACAAGCAAGCCCACCGCCGGGACCACCAGAACCAGCCCGUGCAGCCCCCAAGGAGGAGCGGGCCGGGGGCUACGCUGCACCUCCAGCUCGGGACGAGAGGCCGGCCCGGCCCCCUGGCGCCCCACAGCCCCCAGCCCCAUUGCGGCAGCCACCCCCAGAGGAGGAGGAAGAGGAUGCCAACAGCUACGACUCUGAUGAAGGCACCACGCUGGGAGCGCUGGAGUUCAGCUUGCUGUACGACCAGGACAACAGCGCCCUGCACUGCACGCUCAUCCGCGCCAAGGGCUUGAAACCGAUGGAUUCGAACGGCCUGGCGGAUCCCUAUGUAAAGCUGCACCUCUUGCCUGGGGCUAGCAAGUCAAAUAAGCUGAGAACAAAGACCCUACGCAACACCCGCAACCCAGUGUGGAACGAGACCCUGGUGUAUCACGGCAUCACGGAUGAGGACAUGACACGGAAAACGCUCAGGAUCUCUGUGUGCGAUGAAGACAAAUUUGGCCACAAUGAGUUUAUUGGAGAAACAAGAGUUUCCUUGAAAAAACUCAAAGCCAAUCAGAAAAAGAACUUCAACAUCUGCUUGGAGAGAGUAAUACCAAUGAAGCGGGCUGGAACGACAGGCUCAUCUCGCGGGAUGGCUCUGUAUGAGGAGGAGGUGGAUCGCGGUGGGGACGUGGAGGAGCGCGGCAAGAUCCUGGUGUCCCUCAUGUACAGCACCCAGCAGGGCGGCCUGAUCGUCGGCAUCGUGCGCUGCGUGCACCUGGCGGCCAUGGAUGCCAACGGGUACUCAGACCCCUUCGUUAAACUUUGGCUGAAACCUGACAUGGGAAAAAAGGCCAAGCAUAAGACCCAGAUUAAAAAGAAAACAUUGAAUCCUGAGUUUAAUGAGGAGUUUUUCUAUGAUAUCAAACACAGCGACCUGGCCAAGAAGUCCCUGGACAUUUCUGUCUGGGAUUACGAUAUCGGCAAAUCUAACGAUUACAUCGGCGGCUGUCAGCUCGGCAUUACGGCCAAAGGGGAGCGCUUGAAACACUGGUACGAGUGUCUGAAGAACAAGGACAAGAAGAUUGAGCGCUGGCACACUCUCCAGAAUGAGAACCACGUUGCCAGUGAUUAAAGGCAGCCGCAGCCCAGCCCUGCACCCCUCCUGUAGGUCUGUCCGUCUUCCAGUGCAGCCAUGCCUUGCUACGCGCCCUGGGCAGCACCGCUGCUCUGCCUCCUCCGAGCAUCCCCUGUGCCCCAGUCUCAACUCUGCGUGAAAACUAACCCAGAUCUUUUGUAUUCACUUCCUUUUCUUUUGGGUCAUCGAAUUAUCCCGGUGUGCAAUUUUGUCAAGCAAUAGUUACUGCGCCCAUCCCCAGCUCACCGCUCCUUCUCAGUGCAGGAUGCAUGGCCCCUGGAUCCGCUUGGAGCGCGGAUGUGGCCACAGUGGAUGGUUCUGCUUGCUGGGUGCUGAUACUGAACAAUUUGGCUUGAUGUGGGUUGUAACCAUCACUUGGUAGCCAGAGCCUGUGUCACAGAUGUCACACUGCGAGCAUGGCCUGGCCUCUUGAUUCGCUCCAGGUGGGCAAUGUCGCAGUGCGUCUUUUUGAUUUUCUGCUGGGAAGAUCCACAAGUUGUACAACACUGGUAGAGACACGCAGGGAACCACACUGUGCUUGCAGGGAAGCACAGGCUGGGGCUGGUUAGGGUGAACCAAGGGCAGCGUGGGGCUCUGCUGUGCUGUCCUGCUGUCCCAGUGCUGUUGGGCUGUCCCUCUAUUGGCUGCACCAUGCAGGAGGGAAGCCAAAGGAGAAGAAAUUUCCCACCAACUAGCUGAUGUGUUCAUGGAGUGUUGCUUUAAAAUACCACAAACACUGAAAGUAGCUGCAACAGGUAGAGGUCUUCCAACUUUUUGGUUUUUGGAUAUAUAUUUUUUUGGUAUAGUUUUCGCAAGUCUGCACAAGACCUAUUGUCUUCAAGCUGUGCUUUAACGAUUGUCUGGAGGUGUUUUCUUUGCCGUUUCUAGCAGAGAGCUGCAGUGCUCUCAGACUGAUGCCCAUCACCUCUGGUCCCAUCCUGCUUCCCCUGCUGUCUCUGGACAACCUGAAGCAUAGCAAUAUCACUGAGCAGUGCUGGGCUGUCCCGCUGCUCAACCACAACCCACGCAUGCUGUGCAAAGCCCGGCUCCAGCCCCUCUGGCUGUGCUGCUACCCCAUGCAACUUGCUGCUGUGUCCCGCUGUGCUCUAAUCCAGCUGUACCGCAGAGCUUCCUUGUCAUUGAGAUGAAUUAUUUUCCUAUUCUUGAUAUGUAUAUAUAUAUUUAAAAUAUUUUUUAUUUCCGUAACCCCCUAGCACUGGGCUGAGCGCUGUCCUGCACGUAGCAUCUUCUCCCCACUGUUGGUCCUGCUGGGCUGUGCAGAGGAGUAAGGUGGAACAGCUCAUUUUUGGGAUCAUUUCCCCACACACCCAACGUUGCUCCAUGCUGGGAGCCACAUGGGGCACUCACAGUGCUCUGCAUCACAGCCUUGGUGCAGGAUGCUGUGUGCUCCCUUCCCAGCUGUGAUGGGGAAACAUCUGAAGUUACCUUUAAAAAUGAACAAAUGAAAUCAAAUCUAAGCAAUUCCUUUAUUCUAGCCAUGCAGCAGCCCACCCUCCUUUGUGUGUGCACAGCUAUUAAACUAAGGUUGCUUUUACCGAGGUAGCUUCCUCCUGUGUCCUGUAUCAAUGUGCCCUGCUCUCCCUUCAGACAACCGAUGCUCAACUCAUCUCUUGGUACCCAUGAAAAUAAAUAAAGUGCAACUUGCUGGCCCCACUCUGGGUAUUGUGCAAACCACAGUCCUUGUCUCCAUUUGCCACCCUUCUCUGAGUUUUUCUGAUGGUAAUUUCUGCCCUGAAUGACUUUCUUUUCGUUGUAAAUAAAGCAUGCACGUAUGGAUGGGGAAUGGUACAACAAAAAAAAGAACAAAACAAAACAAAAAGCCUCUUCUACUGCUGUUUGCAUUCCAACUUGCAUGCAGUGAUUUUACAGCAAAAUAUCAGUUUACAAAUAUUAACAGAAAGAAAAUGUUAACACAGGAACUAGAAAUACUCCAGUCUUCCGCUGCAUGCAGCACAACAUCCUCUCUUGAUGUGGUAUCUAAUAAAGUGAGACUAU